CCCGAAUAUGCUACCUACCGUGAUGUUUUUUGCCCAAAACGUGCAGCCCAGUUACCUCCUCAUAGACCAUGGGACUGUGCGAUUGAUCUAGUGCCAGAUCAGCCAUUACCCCCAUGGAAGGGUCUACCCACUCUCUCUCCCUGAGCAAGAGGCUAUGAAAGUAUAUAUUUCGGAAACCCUAGAGCUGGGAUAUAUACGUCCCUCAAAAUCCCCAGCUGCCUCUUCCUUCUUUUUUGUGGCCAAAAAAGAUGGGGGUCUUAGGCCCUGCAUUGAUUACCGUGCCCUCAACAAAAUCACAGUGAAGUUCCGCUACCCAUUACCACUUGUCCCUGCUGCCUUAGAACAACUACGAGGUGCAUCUGUGUUUUCCAAGCUUGACCUACGGAGUGCCUAUAACCUUGUGCGCAUUCGUCCAGGGGAUGAGUGGAAAACCACCUUUAUCACACCUACGGGCCACUAUGAAUACCUUGUGAUGCCCUAUGGAUUAUCCAAUGCUCCCUCCGUCUUCCAGGGGUUCAUGAAUGAGGUUUUCAGAGAUUACAUCAACCAAUUUGUCAUAGUCUUUAUUGAUGAUAUCCUCAUUUACUCCCCCGAUCUCCAGACACACAUCCAGCAUGUACGCCUGGUCCUUGCUAGGCUGCGUGAGUUCCAACUCUUUUUGAAAGCCGAGAAGUGCACCUUUCACCAGACUUCCACCCAGUUUCUAGGCUACAACAUCAGCGCCCAGGGGGUAAGCAUGGAUGAGGGAAAGGUGACAGCGGUUUUGUCUUGGCCCACUCCACAGUCCGUCAAGGACCUCCAGCGUUUUUUGGGCUUUGCCAACUUUUAUCGAAGAUUCAUUUGCAACUUUAGUCAACUCGCUUCUCCAUUAACCUCUUUGCUCCGCAAGAAACCUAAGGCCCUCUCCUGGAGUGAUGAAGCCUCCCAAGCUUUCCACCUGCUGAAGGAAACCUUCACCAAAGCGCCGGUCCUCUGUCAUCCAGAUCCAGACCGGGAGUUCAUUGUGGAGGUUGAUGCCUCCACCUCUGGAGUUGGAGCUAUUCUUUCGCAACGCCAUGGAGACCCUCCCCGCCUCAUCCCUGUGCUUACUUCUCCUAAAAGUUUAGUGCAGCGGAGUGCAACUAUGACAUCGGCAACCGAGAAUUGUUAGCCAUUAAACUAGCCCUGGAGGAGUGGCGCCAUUGGCUUGAAG